CUGUGUGGUUUGCAUACAGACUGCAGGGCUGACUGGGGGAGCUUGGAGGAGGGAGGAGGGAGCCAGGGGAGGAGGUUCUAUUAAUGGACCUGUGAGCCUGUGCCCUGGUUUGGUGUGAGACCUGGAAGGCAGCACAAGGCGGAUUUGCCCUCUGCAAAAGGCAGUAAUCUUGAUGUUGAAAUUCAUCUUCCUUCUUGCAAGAGAGGAUUCUAAUCACUCGGUGGCAAAGCCAUAGACGCAACCUCUUCUCUUCUGAAAGCUUCACGCGACACCAUGGAAGCCAUCGCCAAGUUUGAUUUCAUCGCCUCAGGAGAGGAUGAACUGAGCUUUCAGGCUGGAGAUGUUCUCAAGAUCUUAAGUAACCAAGAGGAGUGGUUCAAGGCGGAGCUUGGGAGCCAAGAAGGAUAUGUGCCCAAGAAUUUUAUAGACAUCGAGUUUCCUGAAUGGUUUCACGAAGGCCUCUCUCGACACCAGGCAGAGAGCUUGCUGAUGGGCAAAGAUGUUGGUUGCUUCAUCAUCCGGGCCAGCCAGAGCUCCCCCGGGGACUUCUCCAUAUCUGUCAGGCAUGAGGAUGACGUCCAGCACUUCAAAGUCAUGAGAGACAACAAGGGUAAUUACUUCCUGUGGACGGAGAAGUUUCCAUCCCUCAAUAAGCUGGUGGACUACUACAGGACGACGUCCAUCUCCAAACAGAAGCAGAUCUUUCUGAGGGACAGGACCCGGGAGGAUCAGGGUCAACGGGGCAACAGCCUGGACCGGAGGUCCCAGGGAGGCCUAGCCCUGAGUGGGGCUGUGGGAGAAGAAAUCCGGCCUGCGAUGAACCGGAAGCUGUCGGAUCACCCCCCACCCCCGCCCUCGCAGUAUCCCCCGGCACCACUGCCGCCCCAGCAGCGGUACCUGCAGCAGCACCUGCAGCAGCAUCAUUUUCAUCAGGAUCGCCGUGGAGGCAGCCUGGACAUAAACGACGGGCACUGUGGCCUGGGCAUGGGCAGCGAAAUGAACGCCGCCCUCAUGCACCGGAGACACACAGACCCGGUGCAGCUCCAAGUGGCCGGGGUACGUGGAUUUCCCUCUCCGGCAUCAAUGGAGGAGGCAGUGCGGUCGGUAGAGAAACUGUUGGGCCUCCAGGAGAGAUGUCAAACCGCACGGAGCCCACGCAGAGGUGGCACGAACCCCCGAGUGCGGUGGGCCCGGGCGCUGUACGACUUUGAGGCCCUCGAGGAUGACGAGCUGGGAUUCCAGUGCGGAGAGGUGGUUGAGGUCCUGGACAGCUCCAACCCGUCCUGGUGGACCGGCCGCCUGCACAACAAGCUGGGCCUCUUCCCUGCCAACUACGUGGCGCCUAUGACCCGGUGAAGCCCUUUGGAGGGUCGGAGGCUUUUGAAUGAAGCUGCCUGCAAGAGACGGGGCAAGGAAGAAAAACUGGAACUACGCAUCCAUCCAUAUGUGUGUGUGUGUAUACGCACCUGUAUAUAUGCCUACGUCUACGUUCAUAAUAGUAAUUUAUUGGCAAUUUAGUAGGUUACUUAGUUGACACGAAAGGAACUUGGAUGAAUUAUAUUCAGACUUAUGUUUCUACUUCCUCAGCGGGUGUGCAGAGGCGCGGGGGCGCCGCGAGGCAGGGAGCAGGGAAACGAAACUGACGUUCUUCCUGUCCUGAAAUGGCACCGCUUCCCCCUCGCCCUGGGAAUUUUCAGAGAGGAGCUGAGCGGGGUCCACACCUGGCGUUGGAUGCAGAACAACAGGGUGGACUUGGACUUCAUGGGACAAGUUCUAGCUUUACCUGCGAGUCCUGCUCCCCCUGAGGGUGGGCAGGGAUGGUCCCUCCUGCCCACCCCCACCUCCCCGCCCACUCCACCCCGGGGUGGGCACUGCUGCCCUGAAAGUGAAAGCGCACCUCUGCCCAUCUAAGCGGUGAGCGGGAAGGGGUGCAAGGCUGGCCCCCCCCAGCCAGUGCUCAGCUAAGACCUGCAUCUCCCACAAGUGCAUGUUCCUCAGCUAAUCCUGGAGGACUGGAGGCAGCGGAGGAUCCAGGUGCUGGGAAAUGGAGGGGUUUUCACAAAUCCCCCCGGGGGCUUACUUGAGUGGAAGCUGUUUUCCCAGCAGCCAAGACAGCAGCUUCCUAGACUCUGUAAAGCGCUUGGAGAAGCCCUGGCCAAGGAUGGUGGAUUAAAGCCACUGUGUUAUAGUUACCAGAGUGUCUCUUCUGGGCCCUGUUUGUUUUCCCUCUUGGUUUUCUGUGUUUUGAAGAUGCUCUGCCCAGUGGCACAGAGAGAAGCCCGCCCCACAAGAGCAUUGCUUCUCGAUUGAUUUGUUGGUUGAUCGAUUGCUUGAUCGACCAUGACCCUGGGUGGCAGCUGCUUUGAGAGAGCUUCCUGCUCCCUCCAACUAUUGGACCACGGCCAGCACUUCUUCCACCCUGUGAGCUGCACCUGGGAAGGAACCCCACAGCCACUGCCUCUCCUGUCACCUCGGACUGUGUCUCCAAGGGCUCACCCUGAGGGGUGAAGCAGAGACCAGCCUGGCUGGGGAGCAGCGACCCUGGAGGAGGAAGUUCAGUGUUUUAGAGGAGCCUGAACGAACCUGCCUGCAGGAAGGCACCUCGGGUGGGUGUGUGUGUGUGGGUGUGUGUGUGUGUGUGUGUGUGUGUGCUGAGACAUCAAAGAAAGGGAAGUGUUGGGGAGGGAGUAUGGGGCGGAGGGGGGCUGCUGCUGUGUCCCCUCCCAGUUCUUCCCCCUCUGAGGAGGGCCAGGCAGCCAUUACCUACGGUGAUGCUAACCCUCCAUGUAACAUUGGCUCUGUCCCUUUGACUCUGAGUUCCAGGAUUCUGUGGGCGGGUCUUGGGAGAAGAGAGAAAAUAGAAAAUAGUCUGAGAGAAGCAGGGAGAGUGAGGGAGUGAGGAGCAGCCUUUGGAAAAGAAAAUGUGGAAGGGAGAGGGGAGCUGAGACAUUUCACAAGAGCGAGAGCAGCGGGAGAGGCCCAGAAGGAGGCAGAGGGACAGGAGGUUAAGUAGGACAGGUGAUGAAGACAGGAUUGAGCCGUCAGGGGGCCAACCAGGUGCAGGGAGGAGGGACCACAGCGACCCACUGGGCAGGGAGGAGGGCGGGAGCAGAGAAAGGAGCUGGAAGGCAGGGCAAGGACCCCGCCGGCUCGGAGACAAAAGAGCCAAAGAGCCGAAGAGAGGGAGGGAAAACAGAGGCGAAGGAGCCCUAAUCAGCUAUCCUGGGGCUCGGUGAGGCAGACGUGUUACAGUAAAUAAGAGCCAAGAGUAGUGUUUGAUUUUACGGGAUUUACAAACCAUGUGCUUGAAAUGGCCCCACAGCCUUGCUUCAUCCAUUUGUCUGAUGAUGGGGAGGACGGCAGCCGCGAAGGCAGAGGGAAACGACCGAAUUCUGUUCUGGUUUUGUGCCUUAAAACACUGCUCAAGAGGAGUCCUCAUCGUUGUUCCAUGAUAAUGGAUCCGACUAGGAUCCAUGAGGACGCAGGUCCAGUCCCUGGCCUCGCUCAGUGGGUUAAGGAUCUGACAUUGCCGUGAGCCGUGGUGUAGGUCACAGACACAGCUCAGAUCCCGAGUUGCUGUGCCUGUGGUGUAGGCUGGCAGCUGUAGCUCUGAUUCGACCCCUUAGCCUGGGAACUUCCAUAUACUGCAGGUGCAAGCCCGCCCCCCGGACCCCCACAAAAAAAAAAAAAAAAAGCACUCCUCAAGAAAGCAGUAAUAAAACAAUCGCCUUGGUUUUGCUGGGCUGGGCCUGGGGUCUGGGUCACACACCCCUCCAUUGGGGAGGCGGGGUCACCGGCCUGGAGAGGCUGACACAGUGUGGGCAAGGCUUCCAGAAGCCUUGAAACUGGACCUUCUGUCCCACCAGAGGCCAUUGUGGAAGUGUUUUUAAUCCAGGUGCUAAAACAGCCUUGCCCCUGCUCAUCACGUGGUUGAAAAUGAAGCAAGAGAAAGUUCUCAUCGUGGCUCAGCAGGAUCGAACUCAUAGCAUCCAUGAGGAUGUGGGUUCAAUCCCUGGCCUCACUCAGUGGGUUAAGGACCCAGCUUUGCCGAGAGCUGUGGGGCAGGUCGCAGGCACGGCUCAGAUCCUGCAUUGCUGUGGCUGUGGUGUAGGCCCGCAGUUGCAGCUCUGAUUAGACCCCUAGCCUGGAAACCUCCAUGUGCCUUGGGUGCGGCCAUUAAAAAGACAGGAAAAACAAAAGGAAGCAAGAAUCAUCCUAACCACCCAGAGAGAACAAGGGCCUUUGGGGACCAAACCGAAAGGACAAGGAAGGUGUCCACUCUGGCGGGGGAAGGAAGGCUGACCCUCCCUGGCCCCUGGUGCUGCCCCAGGAAGUAGCCCUCCAUCUGAUAGCAUGUCAGCACCAGGGCGUGUCCCCUCCCCCCACCCCCACCCGGCAGCGCCUCUCAGCAGCCACACAACCAGGAAACAACACAUUGUCUCUGCAUUCUACUUGAUUUGGGAGCCACCGGGAACUUCAGAGAAAAUCCAUUUCCUGCUGGACCAGUUGAACCUCCCUUACCGCUUGCUGAGGCUUCCCCUUGUCAAAUAUCUUGCAUUGGCCACUGCCCACCCACUUUUAAAUGGCCAUAGAGUGACCCGAGGCAGUGCUUCUCAAAAUGUAGGUGCCUAGGAAUUGCCUGAGGAGUGUGUUAAAAUGCAGAUUCUAGUUCAAUCCUGCCUGUGCAUCACGCGAUGAGGCGAUGGGGCUGAGUGCACAAGGGCCGUGAACUCGGCAGUGAGCUAAACAGCUACGAACAUCUAACCGCAUCCUUCUUCUAGGGCUAGUCGGGCAUUUUUCUUGGUUGCUAACAAAUAAGACAGACUGGGGGAUAGACAGACGUGAUUCAGAACUGUCAUAACAUCAUUCGUGUUUGGCAGCCCAGACUUCUUAUUUUAGCAUCUUCAUCUCUAUCAAGAAUCAAGAAACUUUUGGAGCUCCCAUCGUGGCGCAGUGGAAACAAAUCUGAAUAGAGACCAUGAAUUGCAGUUCAAUCCCUGGCCUUGCUCAGUGGGUUAAGGAUCCGGCGUUGCCGUGAGCUGUGGUGUAGGUCGCAGACACGGCUUGGAGCCUGCAUUGCUGUGGCUGUGACGCAGGCUGGUGGCUACAGCUCCAAUUAGACCCCUAGCCUGGGAACCUCCAUAUGUCAUGGGAGUGGCCCUAGAAAAGGCAAAAAAAGACAAAAAAGAAAAAAGAAAU